AUGAUCUUCUCAACAGCGGCGGCCGGUACCUGGCUGUCGGCCAUCGGACUAGUCUUGAUCAGCUUGGUGCUGAUUAGAAUCCUGAAGCUGAUCGUCCACUACAUCGAGGCGAGGAAGCUUGGCGUCUCCCUGAUUGUGACGCCCGUCUCGUGGCAAGAUCCGCUGUGGCUCAUCUUCUGGCGGCGCUUCGCCUGGAUCAGAAACCUCCCGUUCGGCGGAUGGUUGGACUUCAGCUACAUCAGCUGGUCCGUGAGCGCGUACUACCACCCUCACCAGAAGCUAGGCGAUGCGUUUGCCGUGGUCCGGUCGGGCCAUAAUGAGCUGUACGUGAACGACCCCACCGCGGUGCAAGAGAUCAUGUCGCGGUGGAAGAUCUGGAUCAAGCCGCCGGAGCAGUACGACAUUUUCAAUCUCUUCGGGCCCAACGUGGUCAGCAUCAACGGCGAGGACUGGCAGCGCCAUCGCAAGAUUGCGGCCGCCGUCUUCAAGGAAUCCAACCACCGGCUCGUGUGGACCGAGGCGAUGCGGCAGUCCGGGCAGAUGUGCGAAGAGAUGAAGCGCAGACAGGACGCCACCAACGGCGAGCUGACGCUCAAAAACGUCGAGACGGAUGUCGCCCUCGCGGCCCUCCAUGUGCUGUCAGCCGUGGGCCUGGGCCAAAGCUACGACUUCGCCGGAGGCUUGAAGCACAUUGUCCAGGGCCAGCACCGGGUCUCGUACGCCGAGUCUCUGUCGUUCAUCUUUCGCAACAUCUUCCUCGUCUGGAUCUUUCGUCACGUCAAACUGCCCAGCUUCUUACUGCCCCAGAGCAUCCAAAACGUCCAUCUGAACCUCCACGAGUUCAGAGAGUACAUUCGCGAGUCGAUUGCCCGAUUCAACGCGCAGUCCGACGCAAAGGCCGACAUUGUCAGUUCGCUCGUGCGCGCCAACGAAGCCGCCAAGCGAGAAAAAGUUGCCGGUCAAAAAGGGUUCUUCCUCAGUGACGAGGAGCUGUACGGCAACUUCUUCGUGUUGAACUUGGGAGGGUAUGAGACCACCGCCGGUGCCCUGACAUUCACCAUUCCGUCUUUGGCACGGUACCAGGACGUGCAGGAAUGGCUCAGGGAGGAAGUGGAUAGCGUCGUCGCAAAGACGGACAACUACGACGAGGCAUUUCCUUUGCUGGUGAGGUGUCUGGCCACCAUGUACGAGACGCUGCGAAUUCACGGACCGUUGCCCGACGAUGCACGGUAUUCCCUCGACACUCAAGUCCUGCAGGUCGGCGACAAAAAGAUUGUCGUCCCGCCAAAGACAUAUGUGACCCCCAACAUCUACGCCGUCCACACAGACCCUCGGUACUGGGGACCCGAUAGUAUGGAGUGGAAGCCGUCGCGAUGGAUCACAAGGAACGCCGAGGGGAAAGAAGUGCUCGCCGACCCUCCCCAAGGAGCCCUGUUUGCCCCCUGGCUGGCAGGUCCUCGCAUCUGCCCGGGCAAAAAGUUCAGCCAAGUUGAAUUCGUUGCUGUGCUGGUUGGACUGUUGCGCAAGUAUCGGGUGGGACUCAAGGUGCGUCCGGGCCAGACCAAGGAAGAGGCGCAGGACAGCCUGUUGAAGGCGAUCUAUGACAAGGACAUUGUGACGACUCCUGUUUUCAAGCGGCCGUACGACGCUAGCAUUGUGAUUGACUAUAGAUAG